AUGUCAUUAUUCGGCAAUCUGGGCAAUAACGCCCAGCAGCAGUCCUCUGGUACUUCGCUGUUCGGCAAUGCAAACAACAACAACAAUACUCAACCCUCGCAACCUGCCCAGUCGACCUCGCUAUUUGGCCAGGCCCAGCCCGCGCAAUCAAAUACCACUCCCUCACUCUUCGGCGGCGCAACACAGCAGAACCAACAGAACCAGUCCCAACCCCAGCCGAGUGCUCCAUUCGGAACUGUUGCGACUCCCUCUCUUUUCGGCGCAUCUGCUCAGCAGCCUCAACAACAACAGCAACAGCAGUCUGGAGGCAUGUUCGGCUCUACUAACAACAACGCUCAAACCCAGCAAAAUGCGAGUCUCUUCGGAAAACCUGCCCAGCAGACGAACAGUCUGUUCUCGCAACCAACCAAUGAACCAAACCAGCAACAGCAGCCUGGCAUGUUUGGAACCAACAAUGCAAACUCUCUGAGCGCUUCCCUGCUCAGUGCUUCUAUGUCCGCCUUACCUUCGGCUCUCGUGAACAAGCCUACUACCAUCGGCUUCAAUCAGCAGUCUAUGGCUCCCCCACGCGACAAGACCAUUCCCCAGCAGAUCGAGGCCAUCUCUCAAAAGUGGAAUCCCGAAACUGCAGAAUGCCUCAUGCAACACUACUUCUACGUCCAAGUACCUCCGGAACAGACCCCCUUCAUUAGCAUGCCACCGAACGCCGACGAACGCGAAUGGGAAAAAGCUUUGCGCAACAAGCCUACACCAGGAUCCGUACCCGUCAUCGCAAAAGGAUUUGAGGCUCUGGGUACGCGCCUGAAGACACAAGUUGAAGCAGUCAAGCAACUACAGAUGCGCCUGCACGAGAUGAACAACAGUCUGGGAGCCAUGAUGCAAAAGCACGAAUUGGUAUUGAGUGUCAGAGCAGCGGAAGCAAAGAGGAAGCACAUUGUCUUUGACCCAGCCUUCUCGGGCAGAGAAGAGGAGAUCUGGGCACGCAUGGUGGCCAUACGGGAGAGAACGAGAUGGUUGCAGGAAGAGAGCGAGAAGCUCGGCCGCCAGGCAACUGGAGAGAAUGGCGGACUGGAUGAGCAGGUGAUUGAAAAGACCAAGAAGAUCCUUCAAGACUACGACACACAGAUCCAGCACUUGCGCAAAGAGCUGGAUCAGAUCAAGAAGGAGUAUGAAGAAUGGGAGGCUGCUAGCAAGCCCAGCAAGUGA